CUCCAACAUCGACAACCAUCCCCGGUCCUUGUCCAAGAUGAAAAUGGAGACUGAGAUGGAGAAUGGAUAUGAAGCACGCGCACGCGGGUCCUGGGCCCCGCAUCAGUUUGUUUCUCUCCAAAGCCCCAGGGUCGAAAGCAACAAACGGCGCUUUGCAACGCCGUCCUCUCCAUCUAAAUACGCCGUGCCAAAUCAAUGUCAGGUCUCACCCCCAGGAGGAAGAGGAGGAGGAAAAUUUCAGUGUUGUACUCCAUCUGAGUGGCACCAAACAAAACUAUCAAAGUCACAGCCUGAGCUGCGAGGCCCAUUCCGACUGGCUACCGGUGUCGUCAGUGAGGCAUUUGCCAUUUGGCGAUGGCAACAAGGCGACGCUGAAGGGGCGAACUCUUACCAAAGUCUACCCACCCAUGUUCCAUGCACUGGUGCAUGUCUGUGUCUUUGAUCACGAGACCCAUUCCACAGACUUUGCAACUUCUUCCGUACGCCAGGAUUGCCUCUCAUCAGCUCGCCCACAAACCACGGCAGGUGUGUGCGACGUGAACCGCAAAGCUGGAAAUUAUUGGGACCCCCAACUACCGAUAUUUGGCGAUUUCUGGGUCUCAAUUAGAAGCCUUACGGCCGGAUCCUUGUGGUUUAAUGUUGGCAAUGUUAUCCCAACACUGAUGCGAAUUCAUCGGACUGCAACAAAUCCAUUGGGUCUAUCCCUGCAGGAUCCUUUGGAAGUCGACUCUGUGGUCGGCGCUUGGAUGCCAUCGUUAUUUGUGUCGUGUGCAGCCGUAUCAGAAUAG